AUGUCCAUCCUCUCCCGCGCAUUGAGCAUCUUCUAUCCCCCGACGUCCCCCAAGUCCUCCCAACCCCUCCGUUUUGGCAUCCUCGGGGCAGCAGCCAUCGCCCCCAUCGCCCUCAUCCUCGCCGCGCGCAGCUCACCCGAGGCAGAGGUCGUCCUCGUCGGAGCGCGGAACCUUGACAAGGCGCAGAAGUAUGCCAAAAAAUGGGGCGUACCGAGGGCUGUCAAGGGAUGGGAAGCGGUCUUGCAGGACGAGGAGGUGGAUGUCGUGUAUAACCCUCUGCCUAAUGGACUUCACUAUGAAUGGACGAUCAAGGCACUCCUGGCGGGAAAACAUGUGCUGCUCGAGAAGCCCGCAACGGACACUGCGGAGGAGGCAGAGCGCAUCUUCGCUCUGGCGAGGGAGCGCGGUCUCCUCGUAUUAGAGGCGUUCCACUACAGGUUCCACCCCGCUGUGCAGAAACUGAAGCAGAUCCUGGACUCUGGCGAGUUGGGCCGUCUUCAGCAUCUUACAGCGCACAUGACUGUCCCCCGGGGUUUGAUCGGUGGACCGGGUGAUAUCAGGUGGAACUUGUCCCUCGGCGGGGGGGCGGGCAUGGACAUGGGAUGUUAUGCCACCAACGCUGUGCGAUACCUUUCUGGGCGGGAGCCGACAGAGGUGCUCCGCGCAGAGCCUGUCUUGUACGGCCCGGCGGAGCCGAAGGUGGACAGGAGGAUGGAGUUCACCUUCUUGUUCCCUCCUGGGGAGGGAGAGGAACGCGGACCAGAAGCCGAGUGUGUCGUUGAUCUGGCGAGGCCUUGGGCGUGGGGCGUGUGGCCGGGGAUGCCAGAGAUGUUCCUUCACGCAAAGGGCGAGAAGGGCGAGGUGUCGAUGAACAACUUCGUCAUGCCUUUCUUUUACCACUCUAUUUCUGUGCGCUCCCCCACAGGGAAGAGGACAGAGCGGGGGUAUACCUUCGGCAAGGAUGGGAAGGGAGAGUCGUGGUGGACGACAUACCGCUAUCAGCUGGAGGCCUUUGUGGACAAGGUGACGGGGAAGGAUCCGCAGACGUGGGUGACGGGCGAGGACACGGUGGGGAAUAUGAAGGCUGUGGAGAUGGUUUAUGAAAAGAAAGUGGCACACGACCGUCUUUCCUCUCUUCCUCCUCAACCACCACCAACAAUGGUACAUCUCAGAGUAUAUGCAGGCACUUCUGUACAAAACCUAUCACUCAUACCAGUCAACACCAACACAUGGGUCGACAUAUCCUCACCACAGUUCGAGGGCCGUGUCGCCGUACAGCUCAAGGGGUACAUCGGUCCUCGAGGAGAGAAGCCCCAGAGCAAGUAUUUUGAGAGACCGGAUAGGAAAGGAAAGACAUGGAGCGUCGCAUUCCAGGGCAGGUUCUUGGAAGAGAUAUCAGCAGACGACCUCAUGUUCGGUAACAUAUUCGAUCGCCCCAUCAUACUCCCCUGGGGCACAUCCGCCGUCAUGUCCUUCAUGUCCCUCGUCGACCCAACGCUGACACACGACCUGUACGCUCCCCGACCCUGGGCGCUCUCCCCCGCCAUCUCGAGCUUCCCUUUCCUGAGUCACGCGCGGGGCAGCUCCCUGCCAGAAGAACGCCACCCGAGCGAAGUACUCGGCGAGGGCGGGUGGGAGCUCCCAGCUGUCAUCCGUGGGUUAGGCGGUGGAGGGAGCGGCUGGUCCACCCCCCGGAGCGGGACGAGCACGCCUAGGAGCGGUUAUGCUAGUGGGAGAAGCACGCCCAAGCUCGGUAAUGGUGUUCUGCCAGGAAGCGGAACUGCUACUCCUAGGAAAGGACUGGAAGGUGCACAGGAACGGAAGGCUUGGUAUAAGGAAGCGGAGAACAGGCGGGCAGUCAUACUCGGCCCCGAGGAUAUCAUCACAGGCGACUUUUGCCACUCGUUCCUUUCCUUCCCGGACUUGUGCCUCGCUCUCCCCGGAGGACUGAAGUUCGACCUCAAACGGUACUGGGACGGCCAGCCGGUACGGUUCGUGUGCAUGCGUCGGCCGGCGAAGGGCGUGGACCCCCAGGAUGGGCAGGUGUUCUGGGUGGUGCAAUUAGAGAUCGUGGAGGAUGUAGCGGAGGUGAGGCACGAGGCUGAGGAAGCAGAGAAGGAGAAGGAAGAGGAUGAUGACGACGAGUUCGAAGAUGCUGAAGCAGGGGAGGAGGAUAUCACCGGUGGAUUCCGCGGUCGAAGGAAGGAGGUGAAUUAACGACAAUAGAUCUCCCUGACUAGAUACUCCAUUCUAAAGUUCCAGGUUCAACUUGU